GUCCACCACCUAAGCCAGCGGUUAGAGAAGGAGGAACACAGUCCUCCUGUGUCCCCGGUGCCAGGAGGUGAUUGACUACAGCAUCAGUCAUCGCUGCACACCCUACCUGGAGUUAGUAUAUAAAGCUACGCAGAGCGGAUCUCUGGUCCCGACCCUGGAAAAUCUGUCUCACCCACAAAGAUGUGGGCUCAUCUCCUUCUAGGAAUGUUGGCCCUAUCGCCAGCCAUUGCAGAAGAACUUCCAAACUACCUGGUGACAUUACCAGCCCAGCUAAACUUCCCCUCCGUUCAGAAGGUUUGUUUGGAUCUGAGCCCUGGGUACUGUGAUGUUAAAUUCACGGUUACUCUGGAGACCAAGGACAAGACCCAGAAGUUGCUAGAACACUCUGGAUUGAAGAAGAGGCACUUACAUUGUAUCUCCUUUCUCGUACCACCUCCUGCUGGUGGCACAGAAGAAGUGGCCACAAUCCGGGUGUCAGGAGUUGGAAAUAACAUCAGCUUUGAGGAGAAGAAAAAGGUUCUAAUUCAGAGACAGGGGAGUGGCACCUUCGUACAGACUGACAAACCUAUCUACACCCCAGGGCAGCAAGUGUAUUUCCGCAUUGUCACCAUGGAGAGCAACUUUGUUCCAGUGAAUGACAAGUACUCCAUGGUGGAACUACAGGAUCCAAACAGCAACAGGAUUGCACAGUGGCUGGAAGUGGCACCUGAGCAAGGCAUUGUAGACCUGUCCUUCCAACUGGCACCAGAGGCAAUGCUGGGCACCUACACUGUGGCAGUGGCUGAGGGCAAGACCUUUGGCACUUUCAGUGUGGAGGAAUAUGUGCUGCCGAAGUUUAAGGUGGAAGUGGUGGAACCCAAGGAGUUAUCAACGGUGCAGGAAUCUUUCUUAGUAAAAAUUUGUUGUAGGUACACCUAUGGAAAGCCCAUGCUAGGGGCAGUGCAGGUGUCUGUGUGUCAGAAGGCACAUACUUACUGGUACGGACAGGCGGAACGGGAGCAGCUACCUGACAAAUGCGGGAACUUCUCUGGACAGACUGACAAAACAGGAUGCUUCUCAGCACCUGUGGACAUGGCCACCUUUGACCUCAUUGGAUAUGCGUACAACCAUCAAAUCAACAUUGUGGCUACUGUUGUGGAGGAAGGGACAGGCGUGGAGGCCAAUGCCACUCAGAAUAUCUACAUUUCUCCACAAAUGGGAUCAAUGACCUUUGAAGACACCAGCAAUUUUUACCAUCCCAAUUUCCCCUUCAGUGGGAAGGAGAAGCACCUUGAAUAUUAA